AUAUACAGUUAUAUGAAUUACUAAUGUAUAUCACCUUAAAGUACUUUCUUCCAAGUAUUCAAAAAUGGAACAAGAACAACUCUACACAGCUCUCAUCAGCCUAAUCAUUGUCGUUUUAGUAUACAAACUGUUCAUCAAAAACCCAAAACGACAAUACAAAAACCUUCCACCAAGCCCACCUUAUUCUCUCCCACUCAUAGGCCAUCUCCAUCUAAUAAAGCCACCUGUCCACAGAUGCUUCCGCCACCUGGCAACCAAAUACGGCGCCGUUUUCACCCUUUGGUUCGGUUCCAACCGCGUUGUGAUCGUAUCAUCACAUUCCGCAGCCGAAGAAUGCUUCACCAAAAACGACGUCGUUUUAGCCAACCGUGGAAAAAGUUCAUUCGGCAAGUACUUCGGUUAUAACUACACCGCAAUGGUAGCAGCUUCCUACGGCGACCAUUGGCGUAACCUUCGCCGAAUCGGCUCCAUUGAGAUCUUCUCGGCUAGCCGACUUAAAUCACACUUGUCCACGCGUACGGACGAGAUCAAUCGAUUGCUUUAUACUCUGGCUAGAAACUCUGCAUCGUCCGAUAUAAAUAACAAUAAGUUUGAUUUUGCGAAGGUGGAGAUGAAGAGUUUGUUAUCGAAUUUGACAUUCAAUAUCAUAAUGAGAAUGGUGGCCGGAAAAAGGUAUUACGGUGAUGACGUGGCAGAGAAAGAAGAAGCAAAUAUGUUUAUGAGGAUUUUUGAUGAGGCGGUGUCUAGUAGCGGAGUAGCCAACCCGACCGAUUUCUUGCCGGUUGGGUUGAAAUGGUUGGGAAUUAGUUAUGAGUUGAAGAUGAAAAGGGCUUUUAAGAAAAUGGAUGCUUUCUUGCAAAAACUUGUCGAUGAGCGUCGGAGUAUGAAAUCGGAUAUUACCAUGAUUGAUCACUUGCUUGCAAUGCAGGAAUCUAAUCCUGAAUACUAUUCUGAUCAAAUCAUCAAAGGAUUCAUAUUGAUUUUAAUACUAGCCGGGACAGAUACGUCAUCAGCGACAUUAGAAUGGGCAUUAUCAAAUCUACUUAACUAUCCAGAUAUUUUAGAAAAGGCUAAAGCUGAAAUUGACGAAAAAAUUGGUGAACAAUUGAUGGAUGAAGAUGAUAUUUCAAAAUUACCAUAUCUUAACAACAUCAUCUUAGAGACUUUACGCUUGUUCCCAUCGGCUCCAAUGCUCAUACCUCACUUUUCAUCAGAAGAUUGUACUAUUGAAGGAUAUGAUAUUCCACGCGAUACAAUAGUUAUGGUUAAUGCGUGGGCUAUACAUAGAGAUCCCAAAUUAUGGGAUGAUUCUACAAGUUUUAAGCCUGAAAGAUUUGAGAGGAACAACAACGACAAGUACUUGAUGCCAUUUGGAUUAGGAAGAAGAGCUUGUCCUGGAUCUGGUUUAGCCCAACGUGUGUUGGGCUUGACUUUGGGGUCAUUGAUUCAGUGUUUUGAAUGGAAAAGAAUUGGUGAAGAAAAAAUAGACAUGACUGAAAGCAAAGCUGUUGUAAUGCCUAAACUUGUGCCAUUAGAAAUAAUGUGCAAAGCUCGACCUAUUAUGAAUUCAAUUUUUUUGAAAGCUCAUUGAAAUAAUAUAAGCUAAUUAGAGAAAUAAUAAAGUUCCUUAUGUAUUA